UCUCCACCGAGUAUCCAAAAUCCAAAGUAUUCCAGUAAAUAUAGAAACCUUCGCCGUUGGUCUUUAUAAAGGUGAAAAAACCCUCCCCUGGUCCCCACCUUCUUCUCAUUGGCCAGCCAGCCAAGCAAGCAGCCAACAUACAUAUACAGCCUAUAAAAAGCCACAAUUUUCUUUCCCUUCUGUUGCGCUGGUUUUCCUCCAUUAUACAAGGAUAUCUUUCUUUUCUGGGUAGAAUUUAACCCAGGAGGGGUGAGAUAGCCGAACCCACAUCAAGAACAUGAGUUACUACAACCAGCAACAACCCCCCGUUGGCGUCCCCCCUCCCCAAGGUUAUCCUCCAGAAGGGUAUCCUAAGGAUGCUUAUCCUCCACCGGGCUACCCUCCACAGGGGUAUCCACAGCCAGGCUACCCUCCUCAAGGGUACCCACCUCAGGGAGGGUACCCUCCCCAAUACGCCCCUCAGUAUGCCCAGCCUCCCCCUCAACAACAGCAGAGCAACAACACUGGUUUGAUGGAAGGCUGGUACGCACCCCCUCCCCCUUCACUUUCUCUCUCUAACCUCUCUCUCUCUCUCUCUCUGCUUUAUGUCUCGGGGUAUAUUGCAUGCUCAUUCAUAUAUAUGUUUUUUUUAAGUAAUGUAAUUAAGCGUAUGUCAAUUAAAAAAACUGAAGAUAAUUAAUGGGUUUAGAUCCAACUACCCAAGAACAUGUUGAUUCAUAUCUGACUUAGAUCAACAGAUCUGAGUUGUGUAGCCGAGUCUGCGAGGGGUCAACCCGAUUUGGGUCGUUGCGUGGUGGGUCGGCAUUGGGUCACUUUCAGAGGCGAUGGUGGAAAGAGAUGCACGCGGAACUGUUAGGAGCUUUUUGGGCCGGCUUACGAAAUUGCCCUUCGAAUAAGGUGUUUUGGAGGGUAUUCCUGUCAUAUUGUUGUGGUGGUCCCUAUAAUCACUACCUUGACAGGGGAUGCAAAUUUUUCCACCCACUCUAAAGUGUGGGGUGAACGUUACAUACAUAAAAUGGAUCCCACACUGGGUCCUACCUAGAAUAGUUCAUGGGCUUUGUUCGGUUUGUGUUUUGGGAGAGAUUUUUUCGGUAAUAAAUGGGAAUAGAUAAAUUAGCUCAGAAUUUUGUUUGACCAAAAAAAAAGAUAGAUUAGCUCAGCUCCUUAUCAGUACAUACUUGAUCAAAUAACACUUGUAGUUCACAGUUUUAGAACGUGAAUAUCCAAUUGAGUUGAUUUUGUAAAUUGGCUAGAAAACCACGUCCUAGAAAAUGACCGGAUCCGAUAAUUGAUGUGGAACUUGGCAUGGGCUGCCACAUAGAACGGGUAAUGUUCACUUGCGUUGUGGGCGGAUGAACAAAUUAACUCUCUCGAAUUACUGUGCAGUGCACCAGCUUUUGAAGAACAGACAACUUGUCAUUCCUGUAAUUCGCAUGAAUUUUAUUAUAAUUGUGUCGAUAUUAAAUAUAGACAGUUGCGAUACAGAAGAGUCCCUCUGAAUUGUUAAACAAACCAUGUGCUUUGUUCGCAUCGAGCUGACCAGGUCACAGCUGUCAAUUUGGUGGGUCAUUGUUUAUUUUGGCUGAUUUAGUCAGACCAUGUUGUUUUGGCUGUGUGGAUAAAACCUGGAAGGCCAAUUGAGUCUGCAUCUACAUUUUAAUAAGCAACAUUUAUUAGAUUGUUGUUACAGAUUGUGGUAGGAAUAGCACUCAAAUCAAUAUAUAUUACCUUUCGUCAGGGUAGAAUGGCCAAAGAAAUUCAUAUGGCCGACCCUUACUGGUUGUGAACUUUUGAUACAAGUCUUAGAUUGGUUGGGUCCGAAGUCAAACGUCUUUCUACAAGUUUGACACGUUGAGCCGGUCAGGACACUUUUAGUCAUGGUUCGUGGGAUAAAACCCGUGUUAUGCAAUACUUGAAAGAGUAGUGUAAUUAUAACACACGGACACAUUUUGCAUGUACUAUUUGUUUCUGCUUGCUGUAUUUGCUGAUGGACAAGUUCUACGAUCAUAUUCUGAUUCAAUUUUGGAAACCUGUGCAGUUUGGCUGCUCUGUGCUGUUGCUGCCUACUUGAGGCAUGCUUCUAGUCUGCCUAGUAUGGUGUGAGCUGGUCAUUUGAUUCAACAUGCAUACAAGAACCUAGUCCUCUCUUUGAGCUUUACAAGGGUUGUUAUCUAUUUUACAUUUUAUUUAAGAAUUUGACUUUUAUUUUGAUAAUAGACCAUGUAAUCUUCUGGGAUUUCUUCUUUGGAUUAAAAGUAUCCGGUUUCAUCA